AGGACUUCCGUCUUAUAAAACCUAUAGCUCCUUCCAGGCCAAUGCAGGCGGUAGCGGGGCGGGUUUUUCCUGCAGUGACGUGCAGAGUUUUCCAGCAACCCUGUCACUUCGACAUCAUGGCGUAGCGAUGUGGACGGACGGGGGGUAGUACUGGUGGGCACGGAGAAGUUCAGAAAACAAACACUGUGAAGUUAUUUACAAUAAGUAAAGAAACCCAUUAACGGGGAUACUGAAAGCUCGUCGAGCAGAGUUUCGGUAUAUUGUUUAAUGAAGAUGAUGUCUGAUGCCAGCGACAUGUUGGCAGCUGCCCUGGAGCAGAUGGAUGGCAUUAUAGCAGGUUCCAAGGCUCUGGACUACUCCAACGGGUUGUUUGAUUGCCAGUCGCCCACCUCUCCUUUCAUGGGCAGCCUGCGAGCGCUUCACCUUUUGGAAGACCUGAGGAGCGUCCUGGAGUUGAUGGAAACAGAGGAAAGGGAGAGUCUACGCUGCCAGAUCCCUGACUCAACAGCUGACAGUCUGGUCGAGUGGCUCCAUGGUCACCUGUCCAACGGGCACGUCUCUUUGGGUGGGGGUGACCACUACCAGGAAAGGCUUUCCCGACUAGAGAGUGAUAAGGAGUCUCUGGUGCUUCAGGUGAGUGUGCUGACAGACCAGGUGGAAGCUCAGGGAGAGAAGAUUCGGGACCUGGACUUGUGUUUGGACGAGCACAGAGAGAAACUCAAUACCACUGAGGAGAUGCUGCAACAGGAGCUUCUGUGCAGAACUGCACUGGAGAACCAGAAGCUUGACCUGAUGUCUGAAGUGUCCAACCUAAAGCUGAAGUUAAAUACCAUGGAGAAGGAGAGAGUGAACUUUGAUGACAGAUUUAGGGACAAUGAGGAUUUGAUUCUUGAAAUUAACGAACUGCGGUACAGAUUAACAGAUCUGGAGAGCGAAAAACUACUGUACGAAAAGAAACUUAAAUCCACAAAGGAGGAGCUAGCCAUACUGAGGAGGCAGCUGGAGGGCAAAGACGGAGAGAUGAGGAGACUACAGGAUGAGACAGGCUUCAAAGCCAUUGCCUCGAGCAGUGCAGACCUCUCAGAGAGAGUCUCUCAUCCAGAUGAAACUCUUAGAAAGAGGCUGAAAGAAAAACAUGUAGAAGUGCAGAGAAUGAAAAAGGCAGUUGAAUCAUUGAUGGCAGCCAAUGAAGAGAAGGAUCGUAAGAUUGAGGAACUAAAGCAGUCGCUGCUGCGGUAUAAGAAAGUUCAAGACAUGGUGAUGUCAGUGCAAGGAAAAAAAGAGAAAACCAAAGAUAACGAGCUUGUUGAGAGUCAUGGUGAUGGAUCCCUCGCGCUCUUGUCAACCAGCCCUGUGUCUCUGGAACCAGAAAAGCAAGAAGUUACAGAUGUUCAACAACUGAAAAGGAAGAGCCCAGAUGAGCUGGACAGUCUCAAUGGACUGAGUGAAGAGCCUGCACCUACACCAAGCCCUACAGACCUGGAACAAGUAUCCGAGUCCACACCAGCAGAUGUAGAAAGCAGCCAAGAUGCCACGGAGACUAGCAGCCAGGACCACCUGGAUAAGAGUGAUAGGAGCAAUAAUGAAAAGAAAACAAGUGAAGAAAUCAGUGAGAUAAUUGAAAAGCCACCUUUGGGUCCAUCUGCCACCUUGCCCGCCACCACAGAGGAUGACAGCUUUGGCUCGAGAAAGGCUCGUUCCUCUUUUGGAAAGGGUUUCUUCAAGAUCCGUGGGGGCAAGAAGACAGCCAGCACUCCUAACCUUGACCGCAGCCGGAGUGCAAGUGCGCCUAUGCUAGCUGAAACAGAGCGACAGGGCACUGACCAUCUGGAUCUGGCCGGGCUGCCGCAGAGGUCAGCUAACAGUGACAGCACCCACACACUCCCUACGACCCCAGAGAGCAGGAAAAAAUCCAGGGGAAUAAAGAAACUCUUUGGGAAGUUAAAAAGAAGUCAGUCUACCACAUUUAACCUGGACGACAACCUACCAGAGGGUGAGUUCAAGAGGGGUGGAGUGCGAGCCACAGCGGGACCCAGACUAGGUUGGUCUCGUGACCUCCAACGAGUCAACAAUGAUGUUGAUGCUCCCUUUGCACGCUGGUCAAAGGAUCAGGUGUGUGACUGGUUGCAGGAGCAGGGUCUCGGCCUCUAUGGGAACAUGGCUCGUGUAUGGAUCUCCUCUGGACAGACGCUGCUACAGGCCUCGCAACAGGACCUGGAGAGGGAGUUGGGCAUCAAACACCCGCUGCACAAAAAGAAGCUGCAGCUGGCUCUGCAGGCCCUCGGCUCAGAGGAGGAGGAUAAUAAGGGAAAGCUUGACUACAACUGGGUGACAAGAUGGCUCGACGACAUCGGCCUGCCUCAGUAUAAGACCCAGUUUGAUGAGGGGAGGGUGGACGGUCGCAUGCUGCACUACAUGACGGUGGAUGACCUGCUUUCUCUGAAGGUGGGAAGUGUCCUGCAUCACCUCAGUAUCAAGAGAGCUAUACAAGUGCUCAGACUCAACAACUACGAGCCCAACUGCUUGCGUCGUAGGCCAUCUGACGAGAACAACAUUUCUCCAGCAGAGAUUUCUCAGUGGACCAACCACAGGGUGAUGGAGUGGUUGCGGUCUGUGGACCUCGCUGAAUACGCUCCCAACCUGAGAGGCAGCGGUGUGCACGGAGGCCUGAUGGUUCUGGAACCACGGUUCAACGUUGAGACCAUGGCACUGCUGCUUAACAUCCCCCCAAACAAGACUCUGUUGCGUCGCCACCUCGCCACACAUUUCAACCUGCUCAUCGGCUUAGAGGCCCAGCAGCUCAAACAGGAGUGUCUUGAAAACCCAGACUACACUCUGCUUACUGCCACCACCAAGGUCAAGCCAAAGAAACUGUCUUUUGGUAACUUCGGCAGUCUGAGGAAGAAAAGGCAGGAUGAGAGCGAGGAGUACGUGUGUCCAAUGGAUGUGGAGAUGCCUAAGGGAAGAAGCUUUCAGAAAGGUUUCGAGCUCCAAAUCUAUGAGGACGACCUUGACAGGCUAGAAGAGAUGGAGGACUCUGAGGGAACUGUGAGACAGAUUGGAGCUUUCUCCGAGGGUAUUCAAAACCUGACGAGCAUGCUGAAAGAUGAUGAAUUCUUCAAAGAGAUUUCAAAUUCACCGAACCCCAGCGUAACAGAUGAGGACUCUAACGCAUGAGACUGUCAGCACCACGAGACCCGGUCCUGCUGUGAAUGAAACUCUGUGCCAAGCCUCUCCAACCGCACACAGACCUGUCUCAACAAAUCCCAAGAAUGCUCCCACAUUUCUUUUUAGUGUUACGUUCAGAGAUGAGCCAAAAGUAUUACAGUGUCUUUCUUUUUUCUGUUUGAAAGGAUGGUGACGUGAAAGCCUACAGUCCAGCAGCCACUCUUACUCCUGAACUUUGUCUCCGUUACUGUUGUCUGAUGACAGAGGGAACAUUUAGGGCAACACCACUGCUUGCCUGCCAGCUGGUUUCUGGAGAUAUUUUCUACUCAGUUAUGUACUGGCAUCUUUCUUUUUAUGACAGAACUGAAGUGUCAACCAGCGGAAAGAUGACUUCUAUAAUAUGCCAAUAUAGAUUUUAAUAUAUGUUUUCGAAAUUGCCUUCUGACUGUAGAAAUAUUGGGAAAAAGAGAUGGACUUCAUAGAAGUAAUAUGCUGAGCAGAUUUCCCCAUUUUUAGAAGUUAUUGUAAAGUAAUAACUCUGAAACAGCUGCUAUGUUUCUACAGAACUAAGCCCUGCUAAUUAGUUGAUAAUUGUCUUAACAGGUUUUCACUCAUCGUAAUGCGCUGCAUGCAUUUGCACCAGUACAUACCAUACAAUACAAAGCCUAAUGAAUAUCAUUGCAUGGUAUUGAAAUCCAACACAUUCAUUUAUGAGUUUGUCAUUUAUUUUAUUUGAACCAUAAACUGAUUUGUAAUGGAAACCUGAUGGCUUACACAGUUAUUUUUGGAAAAGUGUUGUGGCAUAUUCACAUUUUUGAGAUAAGAUAAUGUCUCAAAGUAAUAAUGUUGGAAUGCAGCCCUCGGUCAUACCUAAGAAGAUAGUAGGUUUUUUUUUUACAUUUAGUCAAAUAUUAUCAUUAGUUUAAAUAAUUGGGCUUUUCCUCAGAUGGACAAUUUCAGGUCUUUAACACAUAAUUAGAGCAGUGGGAGCAGUGGGAAAGUAGCUCAUUUCACUGCUGAAUGAUGAAAAACAAGCUACAUGUGUCCUAAAAACAUGGCCAUUAAAGAAUUCAGCAGCCUGAAAGUCUGAAGUCUUUACUUCAUAUAUAGGCAAUGAAUUACAGGAAUUAUAUCAACUGCAUUCUUCUGUGCUGAUAUCACAGCUCAACUGUGAUCAUGGUGUACAGUUGGUUGGAGAAAUCUGCACUGAGCACCCUGCAGGACAAGGGCAGUAAUGUUAGGAGACAGGGGAGGACAGGACAACCCAGAGGUAACUGAUAACUAAUUAAGAUUUUAGAUUUCAAAGUUUCAUUAUUAGACAAUUAAAAACUUUCAGAAACUGAGAAUGUAUUUCAGGUGCCCGAAUAUCAGAAGUGAGUAAUUAUACCUGCAGAGAAGUGUGCAGUAUAAAGAAAACUAUUUCACCUAUCUUGUAUAUCUAUGAGCUUACCCAGAUGCUUUGAUGGGGUUUUAUUUAUGGUCACAUAAUUUCCCUGUACUUAACAUAAUAGUAUAACAAUAUGAAAAAUCAAUGCAUUUUGAUUUUCCAACAUAUAACCGAGUGCCAAAGUAAAACCAUGUGGUAAAACGUGGAGAAGAAAGUGAGACGUUUCUUCUUGUUAUCACCUUGUAUUUACAGCACUUUUUUUUUUUUUUGCACUGUUUAUGAUGCCAAAGAUCUUUGUAGAAAUGUGGAUCAGUUGUAGUUGAUGAAGUGGCAGUUCAGGGUUCUCUUAACUGCAAAGCAAAGCGCACGUGUCAGACCAGCCUCGUUAUUCCAUGUGCUUUGACAAAGGCAAAGCUGCCUUCAGACUGCUUUUCAGAGAACUGAGUUUAAUCUUUGUUCACACAGUUUGAAACAUUUUGUUUGGUCGGUACAGUUUGGUGAUAAUUGGGUAAGUGUGGUUGGAUAAGUAGCAGAUGACGUCUUGAUCACUUAAUCAUUUCUUACAAUAACAUUAAAUAAGUUGAGAUUUACCUUUUACUUGAGUAUUCACACUUUAUCUUGCCCUCCCACCUCCUCUCCUCUCAUUUUUCCUCUUCAUUUAAUUCUCUCUUCUCCUUUUUAAUGCCUUCUCCUUUCUUGACUCGUCUCUUCUCUUUAAUCAUUCCUCAUCUUCCCUCUCUAAAACAAAAUGCAGUCAAAUAG